AUGAACGGCUACCCCGUGAUGCUGCGGCCUAAGGGCGGCUCUCGCAUCAUUGAAUUCGGCACUACAGGUAUCAUUUGUCAAAGCGGUUGCAAUCCGAGUCAAGUCAUAAAAGGCCCUCUCAAACAUAACCUAGACGGCUGCAGUGCAGAUGUGAUUGAAACGACAUUGUAUCUCGAAAAGCACGCCGAGCUGUGCAUUGAACGCGAGAAAACCAUCUAUCGAGCCUUACCAAAAGAUCCCAACAUUCUCGACUGCAUUUCAAUAACAGAUUCGGGUAUUAUUCUUCCAUUUAUGCGACUUGGAAAUCUACGUGAUUAUCUACGGCAGCAUGAUCGAAAUAUUCAAAUGGAAAUGCGUAUGCAAUGGAUCCACAUGGCUAUCGAAGCCAUAUCUUCUAUCCAUCGCCUUGAGAUAAUCCAUGCCGACAUAAGUGCGCGAAAUUUUUUGGUCGCCGAGAAUUUGUCGAUCAAGCUUUGUGAUUUUUCUGGUUCCGCUAUCGGCGGUCAAACCCCUCUUGUUGCAGAGGAAGAGCGAUAUCAGAUGGCGCCUGAUUCUCCAAGGUCUAUUGCUACCGACAUUUUUGCUUUGGGCUGUUUGAUAUUUGAGAUCGUGACCGGCCGUCGCCCUUACGACAACAUUGAAGACCAAAAUGUUGAAGAGGUUCAACGCCGCUACGCAGCCGCAAUUUACCCCUGUAUUGACGGCAUCCCGUUUGGGGAGAUUAUAAAUAAGUGCUGGACUUGUCAAUACCAAAACAUUGAGCAGCUGAAAUUGGACCUACCCACAGCAAGACACAAAAAUCGUCGCACCGAAAACACGAAAGGUCUGCUCUGCCUCGUCACUCCGACAAUUUUGUUUGCUAUCGGGGUUCUAGCUUUUCGGCAGUUGAAACCAACUCAACUAUGUCGCUCCUAA